ACUCUCAACAGCCUUCACAAUUAUUAUGCUUCCAAUUCCAUCACUUAAUAAAUUAAUUAAAAUUUAAUCAAAUUCAAUUGUCCAGACUGCUAGACUCUUCUAAUCUACUCCGAAAUACAAAAAAAUGCGUCUCUUGCCGGAAGAAGCUACCGAAUACAGCGCUGGAAUCCGGGGCUCGCCGGUGGCGCCGUCCACGGCGUCGCCGCAGUGCGUUCCGCGCAGCCGCUGCCCUUGGUGGCCUUACUCCACCUCCAGGGAUUUCGAGACCAACGCCUCCCUCAUCAUCGUCGUUCUGUUCCUCGCGCUUAUUUUCGCCCUCGGCUUCAGCGCCGCCGUCCGCUGCGUACUCCGCCGCCGUCGCCGCCGCCACUCUGCCUCACUCUCACUUUCAGGUAGAGGUAACGCCGGAAAGGAGACCAAAGCAGCUGGGGACGAGGAGGAAGGUGAGGUUUCAUUUCCCACGGUGAUAUUCUCGUCGGCGGCGGAGGGCGGCGGAGCCUCGCCGGAAGAGUGUACGAUUUGCUUGUCGGAAUUUGUGGAGGGGGAGAGAUUGAGAGUAUUGGAGAAGUGCAAACAUUGCUUCCAUAUCGAGUGCAUCCAAAAAUGGCUGAAAACCCAUUCUUCCUGUCCAACUUGCAGGGCAAGCUAUGAAUGAUGAGUUUUGAUUGCCGGCGAUCGAGUAGACGACGAUGAUUAGCUUUUACCGGACAAGAACCUUAGUUAGUUGUACUUUUUACGAUUACUUCAGGUUAGUUGUCGUUAGUUAAUCGUUCAAAUUUUGGUCUUUUACAGUUUUACCGUCUUGUAUUCCUUACAAAGUAAUUCUAGUGAAAAACGGUGAAUACAAGGUAUUGGUAUUUGGUAAGUUUUAUGUCAAUUCCAUAAUUUUCAUAGUCCUACAAAUUCCACUUUUGGUAAAUGUAUUCUAGUCAAAAAAUUAAUUCCACUUUUAGUCUUAUAAAUCGUAUGUCAAUUCCAC